AUGUACUGCUGUAGUGUCUGGGAUGGUAACAGCCAAACUUUGAACGAUAAACUACAAAAAUUACAAAACCUUGCGGCAGGGACAAUUAUCAAAUCUAGUUAUGAUGCUAGUUCGGGUCUUCUUUUGGACAUGCUUGGAUGUGAUAGGGUUUCGAUUAGCCGAACAAAACAAAAGGAAGCUGUCAUGUUCAAAACGUUUAACAAGCAAAUGCCCCCCUACAUGCAAGAUAUGUUCUCUAUUCAUGACGCUUACUACAAUAUCCGUCGCUCUGAGAACAUCUUAUAUGUACCCAAAGCAAGAACUGACUAUCUUAAGUGA